AUGGAGCCUGGGAUACAAGACACGCAGCCACCAGGUCUACUAUCAACACUCGUGGAUUGGACUGAUCGACACGGAAGAAUGCUUGUACCGCGUUCGUGGGGUUUAUCAUGCUGUGUUCAUGGGGGACUCGAGUCCACCGGUGAAGAAGUGCAAGACAUCGUACAGAAAGUCUGGGGGGAAUGUAAAGCCGCCCAAGACAGGGAACGAUCUCAUUCAGCAGCGCCUGAAGUUGAUGACAAAAAAAAAAUUGAUCGCACGUAG